CCCAGCCGCCCCGCGUGGCCCUGCCACCACCAUGGAGAACGAGCAGCUCCCGGCACCUCCGCCCUCCAGCAGCGCCGGCGGCACCGGCACGACACCCAGCAGCACCGGCACCACGCGCCCAGCCGCACCGCAGAUCUCCGUCUACAGCGGCAUUCCUGACCGCCAGACCGUCCAGGUGAUCCAGCAGGCCCUGCACCGGCAGCCCAACACGGCAGCGCAGUACCUGCAGCAGAUGUAUGCUGCGCAGCAGCAGCACCUGAUGCUGCAGACGGCUGCGCUGCAGCAGCAGCACCUCACCAGCGCCCAGCUCCAGAGCCUGGCGGCCGUGCAGCAGGCCAGCCUGGCAGCCAACAGGCAGAGCGGCUCCUCUGGCAGCAACGGCACACAGCAGGCGCCUGUGCAGCAGCCCACGAUCAAUCUGGCCACCUCGCCAGCAGCAGCCCAGCUCCUGAACCGGGCGCAGAGCGUCAACCCCGGAGCGUCAGGCAUCGCGCAGCAAGCUGUCCUGCUGGGCAACGCCGCCUCACCUGCCCUCACAGCCAGCCAGGCACAGAUGUACCUGCGGGCACAGAUGCUCAUCUUCACGCCCACGGGCCCCGUCAGCGCCGUCCGGCCCGAGAGCCCUGCACCUGUCCCACCGCCAGCCCCACCACCCGCCCCACCGCCCGCCACCCCCCAGGUGCACAGCCUGGCGCUGCGCCCCGCUGGCCCCCACCUCCCUGCCCUCGCCAUGAAACCCCCUGGCAGCGCUCCACGGGCCGGACCCCCCCGGGUCCCCCCACCCGAGAACCCUGCUGACCACCUCAAAAAGGCUGAGGGCCCCGAUGCCCGCACCCACCCCAUGGCCCGCACUGCCACUGCCCCUGCUGCCACCCACCCGCUCGUCACCCCAGCCUACGCCCCGCUGCAGCAGCCCCAGUUCCUGCAGCAACCACCGAAGCCGAUGCAGCAGCAGUUUGUCAUCCAGCAGCAGCAGCAGCAGCAGCAGCAACAGCUGGCACCCCGCGGGCAGCCCCCCCCGGGUCCAGCUGCCCCCCAGCUCCAGUCACUGCCCCCUGCCAGCCCCAGCCCAGCCCCCCCACCCAAAACGGGAGCCCCCCACGGGACAGGGGCGGAAGGCACAGCCCCCAACGGGCACCCCGGCUGCUAUGGGGCACCCCGCAAGUUCCAGCACGCCUCUGCCGUCAUCCUGCAGCUGCAGCCCGCCAGCAGCACG